GAGGAGGUGGCAGUGGUCCACUCUGCACCAGCAUGGUCACAGCUGGACUGUUCAUCCUCAGCCUGGGAGGUACCAUCCUGCUCCCAGCACUGGCCCCAGCAGGCACCCAGGGGAGCCGGAUCAUCGGGGGAAAGGUGGUGGCACCCCACUCCCGGCCCUUCAUUGCCUCCAUCCAGAUGGACGGGCAGCACGUCUGCGGGGGCUUCCUGGUGUGGCCCAGGUGGGUGAUGACAGCAGCCCACUGCCUCGUUCCCAGGCGCAACCCCUCGGUGCGUGUCGUGCUGGGCGCCCACAGGCUGGAGGAGCCCGAGGAGUCCCAGCAGAUCUUCAGCAUCGCCGACUCCAUCGCCCACCCGCGCUACAACCCCCACUCGGUGGACAACGACAUCCGCCUGCUCAGGCUGAACAGGUCGGCCACGCUGAACAAGUACGUGAAGCGGACCCGCCUGCCCUCGCCACACGUCGACCUGAAGCCCGGCACUGUCUGCUACGUGGCGGGCUGGGGGGACAUCUCCAACUACGGCGACCGGCCCACUGAGCUGAUGGAGACCGGCACCACCAUCAUCAAGCGGAGCCUCUGCCGAACGCUGUGGAGGGGCAAGGUCUCGACCAACAUGCUGUGCGGGGCCAGCCGCAACACCACGCUGCAGGGCGUCUGUGCGGGUGACUCCGGGGGACCCCUGAUCUUCAAGGAAAAGGUUUAUGGCAUCGUCUCCUUCUCUGGGGAGAGAUGUGGGGACCGCCGGUACCCUGACAUCUACACCAAGAUCUCCAACUACAUCGACUGGGUGCAUCGCACCGUGCAAAGGCACCGCCAUCAGAAGGGGCAGCCGAAGCCCUAGCCGGGCCUGGAAGGGGGUCCCGGGGGCAGACGGGCUGUGGGGAGAGGGGCUGAGGUGUCUUGGCUGUCUGGCAGCUCCCGGGAGGGGAGAAGAGGGCCAUGAGUCCCAGGUCCUCCCAGCUCUGGGGGGGUUUGGGAGCUGAUGCUCAGGGCUCCUCGACCCAGGGCAGGGCAGGAGACUGACUCUGCCUAUUGGUGAGGGGAGACCCGUCCCCCCAAGCUGUACAAGAAGCCCCAGCACCUUGCCCUGCCUCUUGCAGCAGCAACGUUUGCCUUCCUCAAUAAAACCUGGUCACAGA